AUGGAAGAUGUUUUGUUCAUGGAUUCAGAGAUUGAGAAUGUGGAGGACAAUGUCAAUGUCGUGGAAGACGAAAUGGUAGGAGAUGGUUUGACUGUGCCGGAGGUUGGUAUGCAAUUUAAUGAUAAAAAAGAAGUAUAUGAUUUUUAUGCGAGAUAUGCCUAUACCGUAGGUUUUCCAGUUAGGAAGAGGAGUUCUGCGAGAGAUGUUGACGGUGUUUUGAGAUAUAUCACGUUGACGUGUAGUAGGGAGGGACGAAGAAUUGGUAAUACAAGCACUUCUUUGAAGUCGCAACCAACAAUUCAAACGGGUUGCAAAGCUAGGAUCUCAGCAUCUUUAGAUAUCCAUGGUUAUCGGAAAAUUAACGCGGUCCAUCUUGACCACAACCAUAAGAUGAGUCCUACUAAGUCCAGAUUAUAUAGAUGCAAUAAUGAAAUAACGGCACACGUGAAACGAAAGCUCGAAGUGAAUGACAUAGCAGGAAUAUCAUUGCAUAAAAGUUUUAACUCCGCAGUUGUUGAGGCUGGUAGCUACGAGAAUAUGACUUGUAUUGAAAAAGAUUGUCGAAAUUAUAUCGAAAAGGUGAGACGACUAAGACUUGGUGAGGGUGACGCAGCUGCAAUACAGACUUACUUUUCUGAAAUGCAAUCCCGAUGCUCUGAAUUUUACUUUAGUAUUGACUUGGAUGAUGAUUCGCGCUUGAAGAAUGUCUUCUGGGCUGAUAAUCGGUGCAGGGAAGCAUAUAAGGAGUUCGGGGUCGUGUGA